CGAUGGAACAAGAAGAAGCAGACCCAGCAGCAAAAUCACGUGCACAACGUGUCCAUGGUGAGCCCAAUGACGCCGUCCCAUGUUGUUAUUGCCUUUGAUGCGACCAGGGACAGGGGUGAGCUGGAGCUUACGCUCACUGUCAAUAGUCUUCGAAUGAGGGGUGACAUUUUACAUUCAGGAGGUACCAUCAUUUACCUGGGCGUCUUGCACAGGGUGGUUCACCCCAUGGGAUAUCAUUCAAAACCAUCCGAAUUUUUUGGAACAGGCAUUCGUGCAGUGGAGGAAGAAGUUACAAAGAAAGUUGACAUGUAUGUUAACAUGCUUCUUCCGAGUGCCGAAAAGUGUGCAGAUCAAGGGGUCAGCGUUGAAGUCAAAGUUACUGCUGGUUUUCCCAUUAAACAGGUUAUUUUGCAAGAGAUUAUGGCCUGUAAUGCAGCAUGGGUUGUGCUUGAUAGGCACCUUAGACGGGAUUUGAGGUUCUACCUUAAGCAGAUACCUUGCAAGGUUGCAAUAAUUCAAGAUACCUUGGCUGUGGAUGUUGUGAGACCUCAUACAACAGAUGAUACUGAUACUAUAGAACACAAAUUGUUUUAUUCAUUAUCCAAGCCUGUUCCGCCAUUCACUUGCCCAGGUAAUGGAAACAAUGUGCGCUCAUCCAUCGCUUGCAGAAGCUACUCUGUAUCCGUUGGUGCACUGGAAAGCUCUGAUAUGCUUAAUACCAACUUGAUGACUUCAUCUACAUUUAAGCUACGAGACUAUAGUCCUUUGUUGGAUCUAGCGUCUUCCUCUAUGCAAGAAAAUUCAGGGGCACAAGUGCAAGAGCCAAGAGAGAGAAUUGUAGAGAGAGGAGAGCAAAGAAGGAAGAAAAAUUCACUUACGCGCGUUGCCCACUAGUUUUCUUGCAUUGCAAGCGAGCAUGAGCGAGCAUGAAAGAUUAUAGAGGUCCCGGGUGAAGAGUGAUAUCGAGAGACACCUUGGAAUUGAAAAAAAUGAGGAAAUUGAGAUAUCAGUUUUUCAGAAGGCUGCUGCAAGAUAGGGAUUUUUGUAAGAGUAUUUGUACAAGGCACCUCAAACUCAUUACUCCCAAACAUUUUUGUAUGAGGAUUUGUCUGAAAGCUCCCUUGGGCUCCAACCUUGCUUAUGAAAGUAGGUGUUUUGAUGCGAACAUCCGUGACAGGGAUGAGAAAAUAUUUAGACAUA